CGCACAGCUUUGCUGUGUGCAACACUCGGGAACUAGGGGACUUAAGAACCUAGUCGGCGGCGAUCACAACACUCCUGACCUUUUAGCGGAAUCAGGAGAUUGUGUUUGGCGACACAAAGUCAACUACAAUGUCGGACACUAAGCCGCGUCUCUAUGGCGUGGGCGUGAAGGCGCUGCGGCUGCAGGCUGUUGCGGCUGUUGCCGGCGUGGAGCUGGACGUGGCGCCCUUCACCGAGGGCCUCACCAACGCCACGCCCAACUACCUGCGCCUGGCCCCCGACGGCGCCUUCCCCCUGCUGGUCACCCCCGCCGGCGCCGGCCUCACCGCCGCCGGCCCCUCGCUGAAGGCGCUGCUGGGCGCCAGCGCCGCCGCCGCCAAGUGGGCGGAGUGGGCCGCCGGCUGCGACUGCUUCCUGCACGGCUGGGUGGACGGGUUGCUGGGCCUGGCGCCGGUGGAGGCCGGGCAGGCGGGCGCGGCGCUGGGCGGCCUGCGGACCCACCUGGCGGCCCUGGAGGCGGCGCUGGCGGGCAGCGGCUUCGCCACGCUGGGCGCGGGCGCGGGCGCGGACGCGGCGGUGGCGUUCUCGCUGUUCCCCUUCUACCUCACCGUGUUUGACGACAAGCUGCGCGGCGAGUUCCCCAAGACCUCGGCCUUCCUGGCCGCCGUCUUCGCCAGCCCCGCGGUGCAGGCCGCGCUGCACGGCACGCCCGUGGCGCCGCCCGCCGCCGCGCUGACGGCGCCCGCCGCCGCCUCCCCCCUGGAGCCCUUCGCCGCGGUGCUGACCCAGCCCUGGUCGGGCUCGCGCACCCGCGCCGCCUUCAACGAGUUCUUCGAGACCAAGGGCCACACCUACUGGGCCUCCUCCUCCGUGGUGCCGCACAACGACCCCACACUGCUGUUCACCAACGCCGGCAUGAACCAGUUCAAGCCCGUGUUCCUGGGCACGGUGGACCCCAACUCGGACAUGGGCAAGAUGAAGCGCGCCUGCAACAGCCAGAAGUGCAUCCGCGCGGGCGGCAAGCACAACGACCUGGACGACGUGGGCAAGGACGUGUACCACCACACCUUCUUCGAGAUGCUGGGCAACUGGUCCUUCGGCGACUACUUCAAGGAGGAGGCCAUCAGCUGGGCCUGGGAGCUGCUCACCAAGGUGUACAAGCUGCCGGCUGAGCGCCUGUACGCCACCUACUUCCGCGGCGACCCCGCCAUGGGCCUGCCCGCCGACGACGAGGCGCGUGAGAUCUGGCUGCGCUUCCUGCCCGAGAGCCGCGUGCUGCCGUACGGCAACAAGGAGAACUUCUGGGAGAUGGGCGACCAGGGCCCCUGCGGCCCCUGCACCGAGAUCCACUUCGACCGCAUCGGCGGCCGCGACGCCGCGGCGCUGGUGAACGCGGACGACCCCAACGUGCUGGAGAUCUGGAACAACGUGUUCAUCCAGUUCAACCGCGAGCCGGACGGCAGCCUCAAGUCGCUGCCCGCCAAGCACGUGGACACGGGCAUGGGCCUGGAGCGCAUCACCUCGGUGCUGCAGGGCAAGAUGAGCAACUACGCCACCGACCUGUUCGGGCCCAUCUUUGACGCCAUCCAGGCCGUCACCGGCGCCCGCGACUACACCGAUAAGAUCGGCAAGGACGACUCCGACGGCGUGGACAUGGCCUACCGCGUGGUGGCCGACCACAUCCGCACCCUGUCCUUCUCCAUCGCCGACGGCGCGCGCCCCGGCAACGAGGGCCGCGACUACGUGCUGCGCCGCAUCCUGCGCCGCGCGGUGCGCUACGGUCGUGAGAAGCUGGGCGCCAAGGAGGGCUUCUUCGCGGGCCUGGUGGACGUGGUGGUGGCGCACUUCGGCGGCUUCUUCCCCGAGCUGGUCAAGCAGCGCGACACCAUCUUCGGCGUGCUGCGCGAGGAGGAGGCGGCGUUCAGCCGCACCCUCAUCAAGGGCAUUGAGCGCUUCAAGAAGGCGGCUGCGGGCGCCACCGACGGCAAGAUCCCGGGCCCCGAGGCGUUCGUGCUGUGGGACACGUUUGGCUUCCCGGUGGACCUGACGCAGCUCAUGGCGGAGGAGCGCGGCAUGGCCGUGGACAUGGCCGGCUACGAGGCGGCCAUGGCGGAGGCGAGGGAGAAGUCGCGCCAGGGCGGCAAGAAGUCUGCUGGCGGCGGCCUCAAGUUCGAGGCGGAGGCCACCGGCUGGCUGCAGGCCAACAGCAUCCCGCUCACGAACGACGCGCCCAAGUACGGCUCCGCCGACGUGUCCGCCAAGGUGCUGGCCAUCCUCACGUCCGGUGGCUUCGCGGCCGGCAGCCAGGAGGCGGAGGGCGGGCUGGUGGGGCUGGUGCUGGACACCACCUCCUUCUACGCCGAGAGCGGCGGACAGAUUGGUGACCUGGGCUCCAUCCGCACUGCGGGCGGCGCCACCGUGGCCGUGGGCGACUGCCAGGUGGCUGCCGGCUACGUGCUGCACGUGGGCGAGGUGGCGGAGGGCGGCCAGGUGGCGGUGGGCGAGGCGGUGACGGUGUCGGUGGACUACGAGCGCCGCGGCCUCAUCAAGCCCAACCACACCUUCACGCACGUGCUCAACUACGCGCUCAAGUCCGUCCUGGGCGACCACGUGGACCAGAAGGGCUCCAUCGUGCUGCCCGACAAGCUGCGCUUCGACUUCUCCAACGCCGGCCCCGUGGAGGCGGCGCAGCUGGCGGCGGUGGAGAAGAUCUGCCGCGAGGCGGUGGCGGCGGCCAUGCCCGUGUUCGGCACGGAGGUGCCGCUGGCGCAGGCCAAGUCCAUCAACGGCCUGCGCGCCGUGUUCGGCGAGGUGUACCCCGACCCGGUGCGUGUGGUGUCCAUCGGCCGCUCCGUUGCCGACCUGCUGGCCGACCCCAAGGCCGACGCCAACGCCGCCUACUCGAUCGAGUUCUGCGGAGGCACACACCUGGCCAACACACAGGAGGCCGAGGCGUUUGCGCUGCUGAGCGAGGAGGGCAUCGCCAAGGGGGUGCGGCGCAUCGUGGCAGUGACGCGCGGCGAGGCCGCCAAGGCCAUCGCCGAGGCCGCCCGCCUGCGCGCCGAGCUGGCGGCGGUGGCGGCGCUGCCGGACGCCGAGCUGGAGAAGGCCACCAAGGCCUUCAAGGAGGCCGUGGACGCGGCGGUGAUCCCCGCGCCCGACAAGGCCGCCCUGCGCGACGAGAUGGGCGCCCUGGCCCGCCGCGUGGUGGAGUUCCAGAAGGCCGCCGCCGCCGCCAACAAGGCGCUGGCCACCGAGAAGGCCGUGGCGGCGGCGGACGCGGCGGCGGCGGCCGGCAAGGCGUUCGUGGUGGCGCGCCUGGACGUGGGCCUGGACCAGAAGGCCACGGGCGAGGCCUGCGCCGCCAUCGCCGCCAAGCACCCCGCGCUGUCCUCGCUCUUCGUCAGUGUGGACGGUGAGAAGGGCAAGGCGCUGGCGUACGCGGUCGUGCCCGACACCAUCACCGACAAGCUCAAGGCCAACGAGUGGGUGUCUGCUGCGCUGGGGCCUCUGGGCGGCAAGGGCGGCGGCAAGGCCAACAGCGCGCAGGGCCAGGGCCCCAACGUGGACAAGGCCGACGAGGCGCUGGCGGCGGCGGAGGCCUUCGCCGCCCUCAAGCUGUGAGCAGGAGGUGGGGGUGACGUAGGCGGUGUUGGCGGCGGCGGUGUAGGUGGUGCGGGUGGCGGUGCCGGAGGAUGGUGUGCAGGUGUGUUGUUAGGCAGCCAGUGGUGAUGAUGGGUGGUCAGGUGUGGGAUCCACACCGGGUGCUGUGUGCAGGAGGAGGCUGUGGGCUGGUGGGGUGCGCAGCCGAGGCGACAGGCGGGAGGUGCAGGCUGCAGGGCAGGAGGCGAGGGGCAUAAACAGGGCCCAGUGCUGACUGGGACAUAGGCAACCUCGUGUUCAGUGCCCUCGCUUAAGGCCGGGCUCCUGAUGAGAGUUCGAAAUACGAGCAGGGAUGCACAUACGUAAUGUGAGGCAGUACAGCCCAAAUACAAGUGCAGUCUGAAGCUAGCGAGGGGAACACAGUCUCGUGUCAGUCAGUCCGCACGGCACUAGCAGGGUAAAAACAGGGAAAGGGGCAAGUGGGUGACCUUUUGGCCCGAGACUGGUAUGUCGCAUGGUCGUAUGUUGUCAUGUCAAGCACUUUGCACACAGCGAUAGGGAAGCAAGGACUGGAAACCAGGGUUUGGAGGGCCGGGAUCGUGUACUUCGUGCACUUGCCUUGUUUCCCAUGGUUCCGUCACACCGCGGUCCUGUGGUUGUACGUUCGGGCGCAUGACCUGAUACUCAUUAUUC